AACAAAACUAGUCCAACUCUGCUCUGAAUUAUAUAGGUGCUAAUCAAAGACCUCUCCAGAGGGCCCAAAGAGGGUUUCUUCACGUUCAGCAGGGAGAACAUCUGGCCACAGGAAUCUGACACCAGGAUCUCUGUAGGAGCCAAGAGCGAGCCUAAGAAAGCUAGACUCUGACAUCAGAGAGUGCCCCCAGGCAAUGGGGCCAGUGGAUCACCGCCUCCUCCUGCCAUAGAGAUGACAACUCCCCUAUGCAACUUCUGUGAGGAGAUCGUGGCUGGCUCUGGAGUGAGCAUCAAACCACUCAGUCCUGUUUAGCAUCACUCACAGCGUGGGCUCGUAGAUAUGGAAUAGUCCAGUAAGGUGAUUGCUCUUGGGGUGUGGGCACAGCAGGAAUCCAGCUGGGUCUCAUCCCCAGGCAUAGUUUUGUGUGCACCAGAGGCAGGACGAUGCCAGCGGUGUGACCAGCCCUUUUCUGGCUUCUCGCGUGGAGGGUGUGCUACGCCACUGCCAUGAAUGAUGUGCCGACGAUGGAUUAUGAACUGCUAUCCCCCUCCCUGGUUGAGCACCCAGCCAGCACCAUGGGCAUGGAUGCUGAGCAGAAAACCGUCUUUGCCUUUGUCAUCUUCCUUCUGGUCUUUUUGGUGAUGCUGAUGGUGCGCUGCUUCCGUAUCCUGCUGGACCCCUACAGCCGCAUGCCCGCCUCCUCCUGGACCGACCACAAGGAGGGGCUGGAGAGGGGCCAGUUCGACUAUGCGCUGGUGUAAAGAGGUGUAGGGUGGGGCAAGCCUGGAAACUCUGUGUGCCUCCCUCCCCUGGCUGGCCCCGGCCCCGGCCCCUCCUCCUUUCUGUGUGAUGCUGCCCUGGUCCUACUGGGAUGCUCUGGGCUGAGAGGUGUGGCAGGGACCUUUUCUAGGGUUUUUUUCUCUUUUGUAAGCACUUUUCUGUGUUCUUCUCUGUCUGCUGCACCUUUAGUGUUUGAUAUUUUGAGGGGGCCUAGAAAGGAUGGGCCCAUCCAGCUCUCAAGUCCAGGCAGCCCCGCUUAGAUGGUGUUUUUACUGUGCUCCCAAGUGUCUUGUGCUGUGCUGAGUGGCAAUGGGUGGGACAGGACCUGCCUUAAAGCAGAUUUCUCAGGGUUUUCCUGCCUGGGGGGCUCCAUGCAGCACAGGGCAGCUUUGUGCAGCAGCUUCUGCCUCCUCCUGCCUGUGUAGGCAGUGCUGACUGUGUGGAGCUGAAUAUGCAUCUGUAUUUAUGAGGCAGUUUAGACAGCAAACCUCUAGUGCUGGCUUCUGUGAAUACUCACUGGUUGAACAAUGCUUCCCCACUCUCCAGGUGGGCAGCCCACCAUGCCAUGUGAGCACUGCCUGUGCCCUGUGCCCGUUGUAUGCAGCUGGAGCUCAGGCACGUGUCUGUACUACGCCUCUGGUGCUCUUGAGGCUGCCGCCGAGAAACAAGCUCCACUUAUCUGCUCCUGUUCCACAUGUGCCAUAGCUGGAAAUGAGGUAGUGAAGCUGCCCAGGAGAUGCCCCAUCUCCACUCCAUCUCUGGUGCGUUGCCGGUGGUCGGCUGCACCUCCUUGUUUCUGGUAAUGGCUCGUGCAGGGCAGGAGUGGGUGGGCAGGGCAUGCUUCUUGGCAAGAGCACCAGGGAAGCAGCACAGAGAUGCCCAGAGGGACUCCGUGUGAUCUUGUGACCAGCUCUGCUGCCCGACUUAAUCAAUGUGGAGACCCAUGUGCAGCUCCCUCCCUGGCAGGCUACUCCCUGCUUUCCUCAGUAGUGAAUGCUAGGCACGUGUGUAUCCCCACUGUUGUGGUCAAAAUGCCUCCAGACAAAGAUGUAGCCACAUAGCUAACUGUAGACCCUGCUGUGGCAGCAACUCUCCAGGAAGCCCUGGCCUCUUUAUUGUGGGGCUGCUGCUGUGACUCUAGGGACCUAAGGCACCAUAUGACACUUGGGAUACAUGCCUUUGUGAGCCCAAGCCUGGUAAUUAUGGGCCCCACUCCCAGGUCUCUCACUCUGUCCAAUUUGGUCAAGCCCUCAGUGCUUGCACUAUGGCUGCAGUGGAAGUGAAGGAUGCUCAGGCCUCCCAGGUGCCCUGCUAGGAGCAACCCGGCUCUCCUGGCUGCCCAGUACACAGGGAGCAAAGCAGAGGUGUGAUGGAGCUUGGGCUCACCCAAGACCAAAUUUCUGCCUCUUGCCCAGGAUCCAUGCUUGUUUGCCACAGUGAGCCAGACAUGGGGCUAGCAGGAACCCUGGCAGGCUACAGCUGUAGGCCAGCAGGAGGGUUUUGGGGGGAACUGUACCCUGAGGGGACACCCUUCUCCUUCACUAUGGAAAUAAAGGCGAAUUUUGCUCACUCCUUA